UCAGCGGUUCAGAGUUACCGAACCAAUGUCGCUAGCCAGCCAGCGAUGAGCCAGUCCUUCUUCACCUAAACACGUGAAAGGAACAUCGUAAAUGAUUCCCAUCAAGUAGAGUCGUCGUGACGGCAUUAUAUCGAAACGUUGAAGCUGGUUCGCUAUCCAGACACUGAAGGAGUUCAUAAUAUAUAAUACACAGCUAUAUAUUUUUUUUAGCAAAAAUGGCGGAAAUUGCUAGCACUUGUGCGGAGAAGAGCUUGGACGAUUUCUUCGCCAAGCGGGAUAAAAAGAAGAAAAAAGAAAAAGGCAAGGGGAAGGAGCAGGCACUUACACCCGGAGCCGUUAAUCAGAAAAAGGGCAAAAAGGAAAAGGAGAAGUCUACGAAAAGCGAAAAUCAGGACGCGCAGGUAGAGAAGGAGGACGAGGAGUGGAAGGAGUUCGAGCAGAGGGAGGUGGACUACAGCGGCCUCCGGGUCCAGGCCCUGCAGCUGAACGAGGAGAAGGAGGAGGAGGAGUACGAGAAGGAGGAGGUGGGCGAGGACGGAGAGAUCAUUCUGGUGAGCGGAGACAAAGUGUCCGGCCCCUGGAACAAGUCCGCAGCUGCGCCCACGACGGCGCCACCCGUGGCAGAGGUGGAGGCCCCAGAGCCGAAAACGGCAGGAGUGUACCGGCCCCCAGGGGCACGGCUGACCACCACAAAGAGGAGCCAGAACCAGGGGCCCCCGGAGAUCUACAGUGACGCCCAGUUCCCCUCACUCCUGUCUACCGCCAAACACGUGGAGACGCGCAAAGACCGCGAGAUGGAGAAGACCUUCGAGGUGGUGAAGCACAGGAACCGGGCGAGGGACGAAGGAGGCCCGGCUUCGGCGCAGCAGCUGCAGCUGGACAACCAGUACGCCAUCCUGGGGGACAAGUAACCCCGCACCUGCCCCGCCCCCACCCAGCAAGACCCCGCCCCUCGCCUGGGAGGGGGAGGAAACUCGAACACGUAUGGGUGUGGAUCACCACCGGACUGCACCCACACGCUCUGGCACAGAUACACCGGGCUGGCACAGGCCACCACCUCACCUGGAGGGCCUACACUGAAAACACCCCUUUUUUUUUCAAAGGCCAGUGGCAACUGGGGGGGCGGGGGAACUCAGUUUAGAACUUCAAUCUGUGUGUGAAAAUUUAAUACUUCAGCAACCAUUUUAUUUUUACCGUGGACGUAUAGAAGCGGUGCCACACGGGGGGGGGGGGGGGUCUCCGCUUUAGAAACGGUCACUCGGGGAACCCCCAUCCCUCCCCGCGGGGCUUGAGCCAUCCGGCAAGCGGGGAGGGGGGUCGUCGAUGGAUUUAAACUGCUGUUACUCGCAGCGAUUUGGCGGGCGGCGUGCUGGCCGAGUUGCGCACGGGCUGGGCGCGGUAAUGGCGACGGGGGCGUGGAGCUGCAGCGCGGGACGGAGGGGAGACUACCUCAGGUGAACCUCAGCCUCGGCGUUGCCGGGAGACUGCGCUUGAUCGGCGGCGCUUUUUUUUUUUUAAACGCACACUCGAGACUCCAGACCCGAUCCGCCUGUAGAGUGGCGACUCCGUAGAACCUGUCAGCAAGGAAGGAAAAGGUUUUGAUCUGCUUUACACAGUAAAAAAAAAAAAAAAAACUAUUUAAAGUGGCCUUAUUGCAAACAGAAACGGGGAUGCUGUGACCUGUCCUCCAAGGAGAAGCUUGCUUUGUUUUACCGGCUGUAACUCGAUCUUGGGACUUACCACUCUGACAUCACAACCCCCCCCCCCAUCCUUGUGUGAAUGCAGAGCUGUAUCUUUUGAGUACCCGGCAGAACACACCGACGAACCUCUCCUGGUUUUUCCACUCCCCACCCCCGCAUUCUCCCCACCCGUCGCUCUCCUCCUCAUACUUUUACUUUGUCAACAUUGGCAAACCAUUUUCAUCGUCAACAUUAAAGGUGUCAUUUCUAAUUGGACCGCGUUACGUUUUUAAAUGCUCUCCCCACUGGUUGUUUUUGUUUUUCUCAUCUUUGAGGUUAUUGUUCUGCGUCUGAGCUUGCAUUUGUUGG